AUGGAGGAACGAGAGGUGGAUAUACGCGCGCUCGACUAUGUGUCGGCGUACGACAACAAUCUCAUGUGUCCGAUUUGUCGGAGCGCCUUUGUCGACCCGGUGGUCGUAGCCGACUGCGACCACCAUUUCUGCCGCGAUUGCCUCGACUACACGACCAGCUGGAAUCAGUACUCGGGCACCUGCCCUGCUUGUCGCCGCCCUGGAAGAUUGACUGGCUCAGGAUCCGCUUCGAAGCUUCUGCUCAACAUCCUGGAUGAUCUCGUCGUCAAGUGCCCCAACCAGCCCAAGGGAUGCAACAAGCAGGUAAAGCGAGGCCACCUGCUCGACCACGUCAACAUCUACUGCGACUACACCAAGAUCGACUGUCCGGAUGAUGCCUGCGACCAGAAGACACAACGAAAGGAUGCUGCGCAUUGUGUGCACCAGCCUGUAUCCUGCCUCGCUUGUCGCCAGUCCAUGACGUUGCACUGGCAGAUCGAAUGUGCCGACCACGAUAUCCCAUGCCCGUCCUGCGCCGCCUCGAUACCCUACCGCUACCAGCAAACUCACCUCGCCCACCACUGUCCAGAGACGAACGCUGCCUGUCCCGCUCGCCAAUUUGGUUGCCCUUUCAACACCAAGCGCAAGAACCUGCCUAGCCACGCCAUCAUGUGUUCGCUCGCCAAACUCACUCCCUACCUUAGCGCUCAGCAACAGCGUCAGGACGAACAGGAUCAAGCUCGCCAGCUGCUUGAGAAGAAGCUGCAAAGCCUACAACAAGACAUGCAGGACUACAGAACCAUGUCGCAGCAAGAAAAGAGAACCCCUGCCCCGCGUGAGGAGCCGUCGUAUUUCCCAAACAACCUCGCAGACUUUGAGCUGCACGACUAUGCCGACUUUCAACCUCACGCCUCGCCAACCCAGCACCUGCUCUCUCUGCACGAGAACCUGCGCGAAGAAGUCUCGCGACAAGCCAACACCAUCCAUGAGGUCGACACCAGGCUCAGCAUGAUGCUGCUGAAUGAGAACAUGCGCCUCAAGGACGAAUUGGCCUACCAGGGCGCCCAGCUUAGCGCUCUCAUGCGACAGGUCGGCUGGUUGACAAACGCUCGCCUGCAGUCUGUUCAAUUAAACUCUGUCUCUGUCACGAACCAGGCCGAUCAAGGUCCCAGCGAUCCCUCAAGGAUCAACCCGCGUAUGCCAGUGCGGCGCACAACUGAUGAGGGGAGAACAAAACUGUGA